AAGGGCGUCACCGAAGAGCUUGGGAUUGGAUUCUUCCACACACCGAAAUGUUAUUUCUCCCAUCUCGAUAGCGAUAAACAGGAGUCGGCAAUUUUGUUGGAAGAUCUGCGGCUGCGAAACUACCCUAUAUGCGACAAAUCGUACCCAGUUAACCUCGAGCACGCCAGGCUAUUGACGAUUCAGCUGGGAAGAUUACACGCUGUGUCAUUCGCUUUGAAGGAACAGCGACCGGAGCUCUUCGAACAAUUCAAAGUGCCUGAUCCGAUGUUUAGUAAAAUGGUCACGAGCAAAACAUUCAUGGGAUUGAUGACAACUUCGAUGGACGGAGCGAUAGGCGCCCUAGAGCCGAACGAAGAUAUAGCUCGUUAAAAGAUGAUGAAUCUCAAAAGCCACAUAGGUGAAGAACUGACAACUCUAACAGAUCCACAGUUGAGCGAACCGUAUAGCGUUCUAGGCAACGGCGAUUGUUGGAUCAAUAAUAUGAUGUUCGCUUACAAGGAUGGUUAUCCCGUGGAUAUCAUUUUGCUGGACUGGCAAAUCUCCCGAUACGUUUCUCCAGCUCUAGACCUGUUGUAUUUCAUUUUCUGCUGUACCGACGAGAAGCUCCGCAGACAGCACUACAACGCUCUAAUACAUCUUUACUACGCAUCAUUAAAAGAACUCCUCGAAAGACUGGGAGGCGACACGGCAAGGCAAUUUCCAUUCACAGCGCUGUUUCAACAACUGCAGACGUGCGGCAAGUUUGGCUUGUUGAUGGCGGUCUUAAUUGUACCGCUCUUGUACACCAACAAAACAGACCUCCCUACUAUUGACGCCGAAGCAGAGAAGUUGGAUGAGACCAAACAGAUGGAUUUGCCAUCCGGGAUGAACGAGCAAUCGGGGGCAAAGUACAGGAAAUGAAUCGGGGACGUUGUAAGGGAUAUGAUUCGUUUCGGUUAUCUAUA